AAGCUUCUGAUAUUUCUUCCUGCGCGAACCAUUUCAAUUCAUUGCUUAUCCCUAGUUCACCACUUCAAUGGAUCCUCUUUCAGUUGCAGCAUCCAUUGUCGGUCUGCUUGCCGCAGGUGGAAAAGUGACGUCCCUGCUCUUUACAGUCAUCUCAAAAUGCCAGGAUUCUCCAGCUCUUGCUCGAGGCAUACUCUUCGAGGUGGCAGAUAUAUCAGCCGCGCUCGGCCAGCUUCAAGACUAUCUCAGCAAUCGUUUAAAGGCCAAUUCCGAAAGGGGAAACCUUAUCAUGCUCGAUCAAUUGCUCACGACGUUGACUGGAUGUGUUACGACUUAUUCCGACAUCCAGUUCAUUCUGACGGGGCUUAACAUCAAUGAGGACAUGAGGACUUUCGACCGCAUUAGAUGGAUGAGAGAAGAAAGUAGGCUCAACACUCUUGUCCAGAGACUGCAAAGCCAUAAGUCGUCACUUACAUUAAUGUUAACUAUCGUACAAUGCCAUACCAUGGAGGAAGCGCAAAGCUGUACACAGAAACUGUGCACGCUCGUCGAACAAAUGCUCGUGAGCAAUCAAGACCUCUCGGAGCGAAUACGUGGUUUAGAGCGUGAAGGCUCAAUCCUUAGUAAAGCUCGAUCGGAUAUCGUUCCAGUGGACGACGGCGCUUCUACAAUUCGACAACCCAAUACGGAGAGAGCGAGUGUGUUGGAAACGGAAAACACCCUCGUGAGAAGGUUCGCGUUCGAGGACGACCUGGAGUCGUCCCGCGCCUACAAUAAGGCGGUCUACCGAUUCUCACAGGCCUCCAUAACAAGCACUGCUCUAUAUACCACCGCGCUCUCGGUGUUUUCCAAACUUAGCCUAUCUCAAGUGUCUAGCAUCUCGUUCUACGCACUGCCCGUGUGCGCUAGCGAUCUACACAACAGUGAGCUAUAUGUAUUCGGCGAAGAGGGAGCGACUUUUACCAAUCCACGCGCGACUCCGGCUACACCACAGAAAAGACCAGCCAGCCCUGGAAAUGAGAUUAUUACCUCCUACAAAGAUAUUCUGGCAGAAUCAUCGCCGUCCCUAGCGUGGCCACGGUCGGCACCCUGGAAACGAACUGGUUUGCUGGGUCGUUUCGCUGCCCCUCGACGAAGACCUUCGAUAUACGCACCGGAAAACCCGGUGCAUAUUUAUCAUGUCGGAUAUGACUCGGAUAGCAACCAAUUCACGGUCCGUUAACAUCAUUCUUAUGCUCUGACAUAUGCAUCAUUGCUAACCUCUUGCCAGGGGUUGCCUAAGGAGUGGCACCGGGUACUCACGGAAGAAAAUGAACAGAUGAGGAAGAAUCAGGAGAUGAGAGCGCAGCUAUUAUCUAAGAUACCAGGAGGAAACGCGUCCAUAAAUGAAAAGGAAUAUUAUACCCAGUAGUGUCUGGCUGAAGGUUGAGGUGUGAGUAAUGAGCAAAGGGGGGAGACCAUCGGAUAGAGUAUAUUAUCAAAGAUUGUACGCUGCAUCCGUAGAACUGUGAGCAUUUAAAAGAUUAAUAUUUAUAGUUGAGCAUGAUCAAUCAGAUAUAAGCGAGCCUAUUGGGG